GUUGGCAUGUCCCCAGUCGUGACUCAUUCAGAUGACAUACCUGUCGUGGUCGAACCUACCAAGGUUGUGAAUACACCUCAGAUUGGCGAUGUCACGUUCAGGACCCUUCCCGACGAGUACUUCCGCUCUCGCCUUUCGACUACAGCGAAGAACAGGGCUUUCGAUGGCAUUCGCUCUGUCCUACAUCUCGAACAACGUCCCGGGAUCAUCUCACUGCUUGCGGGGAAACCUCAUUCGUCUACGUUCCCCAUAACAUCCCUGAACUUUACCCUACGCGACCCUGUCGAUCCGACGAUCGAGACUCCCAUCAAUCUGAGCCAGGAAGAGCUUGAUCUUGGCUUACAGUAUGGUCCCACUACUGGCAUUCAACCGCUGAUCGAGUGGGCGUACGGGCUGCAGAAGGCUGCACACGGGAGGAACGAAGGGGAGGGUUGGUCCAUUACCAUCGGAAAUGGCGCACAGGACUUGAUAUACAAGGCCGUCACAGCACUCGUGAACCCGGGAGAUGCUGUUCUGACUGAAGCCCCUGUAUAUGCGGGUGUACCGCCAAUGUUCCAAACAAUGCUAUGUGAUGUUCACGAGGUUGAAACUGACGCCGACGGCAUUGAUGCGUCUUCUCUCCGCGCGCUCCUUGAAAAUUGGCCCACGGACAAGCCGAAGCCCAAAGUGCUUUACACUGUCCCGUACGGUUGCAACCCGACAGGUAUGACGGCGACCCUAGAACGCCGUCUAAAGGUCCUUCAGCUAGCGAGGGAACAUGACUUUUUCAUUCUCGAGGACGACCCUUACCAUUACCUGUACUAUGGUCCACACCCCCGUCCUCCAUCCUACUUUGCACUGGAAAAAGAUCAGUUAGAGAUUGGUCGCGUCAUACGCUUGGACAGCUUGUCCAAGAUUCUUUCUUCCGGCCUGCGUCUAGGUUUCGCAUCCGGUCCGAACGUCAUUAUCAAGGCUAUGAACGACCAUAGCACGGUGUCGAAUCUGCAGCCGAACUCGCUCUCGCAGAUCCUGGCCGUCGCUGUGCUCAGCCGCUGGGGCUACGACGGCUUCUUCAAGCACUCCGAGCGCGUCUCGCAGUUCUACAAGACGAAGCGGGACGUCUUCGAGGCCGCGAUGCGACGGCACUUGAGCGAUGUCGCCGAGUGGACGAGCCCCGAGGCGGGAAUGUUCAUGUGGUUCAAGCUCCUUACCGGCAGCGAAGGCCGCGAAGGCGAUUCCGACGAGAUUAUCCGGACGACAGCGCUCGAGCGUGGCGUGCUGGCGUUGCCCGGCACAGUAUUCUUCCCCAACAAGCGCAAGUCGGCGUACGUCCGGGCAUCGUUCAGUCAGCUCGGUGAGAAGGAGGUGGAUGAGGCCCUUCGCCGGUUGCGGACUGCGAUCCUGGACAGCAGGUAGUUGCUGUAUGUGCCCCUCCUGUGCCGCCAGGCUCAAGGGCGAAUGAAUGCUGCACAUUUCAAUCUCUUAUUUGUUUUUUUUCAUGUCGUACGGCAACAAUAAUGGCGUGCACUAGUAGAGCGUCCAAAGGCCGUUUCUGUUCACUGGGCCUUGCAUAAA